GGAGUCGCCUUGUUCCUGUACAACAACAUCGUCGCCCUUGACCGAGCACGUCGAGACAGCACUCUUUGUGAAGAUUGCGCUCGCUCACGGUCUCCCUACCUGUCUUUUUUUUUUUUUUGUUCGCCCUCUCGGUUAGAUCGAGCAAAGUCGCGUCGGAAGGCAUCAAUCGCGGCGAAGAAUUGAGGACGAAAGAUCUGAGAUAACCCUCGUGGGAAAAAAAUUCUUCGAGGACGCGAUAAGUUAAAGUCAUCGAGUGGGCAGUUGCUUUUCGCACUCGAAUCGAGUGCUUCUGCGUCGAAGAGACACCUGAAAAAAGAGUUUUCACGUUUUGCGAUCAAUGAUCGGGAUACCGUGAAAUUUGCCCCUCGCCAGUCCUCAGUCCCUGUCAUCUCCCACCCCUCCAUCUACAGUCCUUGUCAAACACACUCCGCGUCGUGAUGGAUCCUAGAAACCAUCCCUCUCGGCCUCCGUCUACCAGUCUGCCUCAAGGAUCGGCGCCUCUUCCUUCUGCUCCCAUCUCGAGCAUGCCAAUGCCUCAGUACACGAUGCAGCCUCAGUACCCAGUCUCUCAGCCGCACACCCUGCCUCCUCUGCAACCCCAUCAUAGCCAGUCGCCCGCUCCUCACUCGUACAUGGGGCAGCCGCCGUACCGGCCUGAUCUGAACAGGUACCCCGCAUCAAGUCACGAUGUUUACGCGUCUUCUGCUGCGCCGAUAAUGCCCCACACUACCGUGGGCAGCUUGCCUCCGACAUCUUUCCUUUCUCAUCCCAAUCCGCAGGCGCAGGCACAGGCGCAGCAAUCGCCGCACUAUCCUCCUCCUCAUAGCGUGCUCCCGCCCGCUUCCAGCGCUCAGUCGUACCCGCAGCCAAUUGCGCCGGCGCCUCCCCGGGACCGUCGUGCUGACUUCAACAAUGGACUUCCUUCAGGAGCAUUCAGUUAUUCGGACGGAAAGCCUCAAGGUUGGGACCCCGUUGCUGCGAAUGGUGCUGCGCCGUAUCCCGGGAAGGACUCCCCCCGAACCCAGGUUGUUGGUUCUCAGGGGCGACGCGGUAUCCUUCCGAGUGUUCCGGGACGCGCAACUCCGGUCACAAAUGGUGUUAACGGCACCGGCAAGAACACUACUAUCCCGGCCAAGGAUGCCGAUGGAAAGUUCCCUUGCCCGAACUGUAACAAGACUUAUCUUCAUGCCAAGCAUCUCAAGCGCCAUCUGCUACGCCACACUGGUGACCGCCCGUACAUGUGUGUUCUUUGCAAAGACACCUUCUCUCGCAGUGAUAUCCUGAAACGUCAUUUCCAAAAAUGCUCAAUCAGGCGUGGUAACCCCACCGGAGCAACGCACUUGUCGCACCCCAAUGCGCAUGUGAAGAGGUCCCAACAGCAGGCUGCGGCGAAUCCUGUAAAACCUGUCCAGGAUGAAGUCAGUAGUACCGUCCCGCCUCCCAGUGGCAUCCCGGGCACGACUUACGGCGAGGGAGCCGUCAACGGCAAUGGACUAGCUCCGGCCCGGCCAGGGUACGCGGAUCACCAGACUAUGGGCUUCCCAAUGUCAUCCGUCAACGGGAUGGGCCGUGGUCAGCCUGAAGACGCGUUUCCCGGCGGCCGGCCGCAUCAAGGAGCCCCUUGGCCACAAGCUCCCAAGCAGAGCCCGUAUCUCGUGCAGCCGGGUGCUGACCCUUCUGGCCACCAGUUGAAUAUUGACCGAAACAUCGAGCAGGUAAAACAACCGGUUGUUCAAGACCCCAAGCGCCCUGUGAUGCCAGGACAUCCCGGCCACCCCGGUGAGCUUGACUGGACGUCUAUGUUCCAACCUCAAGCUCCCGAGGGCUACAUGUUCUCCCAGUCUAUGCCUGGUGGUCAAGAGCCCAUCCACGCUCAUGUCGAGACCGAGCGAAAGUAUUACCCCACCACUACCGCUGGUCAAGAGAGUGGAAUGAACGGUCUCUAUCUGGCUUCGACUAUGAGUGGCGACGGCACCGUUCAGCCCGCCAGACAAUAGAUGCGAAUUAAAUCGACAUUCGGGGGUCACCGCGUGUCCUGUAUUUUACUCCGCUUGAGUUCUUAUUCGUCAAAAAUAGAUUUACGCUUUCCUGUUUCUACAACCAAAGACGCUGCGAUUUCCGAGUACGUUACGAAGAGGUCGGAAUACUCAACGGGGUCAGACCAGCAUGCAUACUCUCAACAUGAUAUUUUUCUUCGAUUUCCCAGCAACAUUCAGUUACGAAAACGAUUUCUCUAUCCGUGGGUAUCUGGCCAAGUUUGUUUGAUUUUCUUCAGCUUGUCAAAAAAUCGUUUCAGCAUUUUCCAACGGCGAGUGCGGUAUCAUGAGUGGCCGAUGGUACGGGGUGUGGUUUAUCCGGCGUCCAACUAU